AAGUCUGGUGAAGUGGUGCAAAUUGUGCUUGCUAAUUAAUUUGGAGAGAGUUCUUAGUUAGUGAUAACGUACUCCUAGUAUAUGAAGGCGGCAAAUCAUUUUAUGCGCCAUGUGCAGGGUAACAAUAUCCACAGUCCACUGACACGGUAAAAACAAGGUUCUUGUUCGCGGGAAAUGCUUUCAAAGUGUUCGAUGAAAUGCCUCGCUGAAAUACUAGCAGAUGAAACAGUGAAGUAUGGAUACGCAAGGAAAGUCUGAAUAGAAGCCCCCCACUCCGUGAAGUUACAAGCAACGUACCCCGUCAUUGGUUCGUAAAGUGCCUCAAAGCUAUCAAAUUCAUCAGCAUCCUUAGGUACAACAUAUUCAAUUACAAUCGAUGUUUCAGCCUUGGUUUCUGGGGAAGUAAUGGCAUUAAGGAAUUUGCAAAGUCUCGUUCAUUGCACAAGAUAUGUUAGAAGACGAAACAUGGCUGUGCAAAAAAGCGUGGUGCUUUAUCAUUGCUCCGAAGAAUCCCGUGAAGAGAAUUUACCUUCUGAAUGGUAUGAGCAGACAUUUCCAAAGCUAAUAGAAUUAACCCACUUGCUGAAAAACGUGGAUUCAGUUGAUGGAAGGCUCAUAAACAUCAACGACCAUUUGAUAGUUAUCGAUGACUCUCUCCAACAAAGCAUGCAUACUUUCAAGUCACUAGCCAGGGCGUUUCUUGGCUCUCCAACAGUGCAACAAGCGUUAACAACCCAAACCGCUAUACCUCCUCUUUGUUUCACUAAACCAUGUGAAAGAGGCCCCAUGACUAUAAGUUCCCUCACCAAAGUGUGCAACUUCUUGAAUAUAUCAGCUCAGCAGAGGAAGUUAAUCCGUUUGGCGAUAUGCCCACAGGUGACCCAGCACCAGAUAUGGACCGGCGCCCUCGAAGAAAUACUCGUAGGGUUGAAAUCGGAAAUCGAACUUUUGGGUCAUUAUACUCCAAACAAAGGGAUAAAUAUGGGACAGCAAAUUGUUCAUAGCUGUCUAAAGUUCUUAGAUGCUGCUGUUACCUAUGACCCCAACUCUACUUCUUGGAUGCGCCUUUCGCCUUCAAAAGUCAGUGGUUCACCAGUUUCCCAUAAAUGGGAAAAUAUUCUUGAGAUGUUCAAUGACCUAAUGAAUUGCUUGAGGAAAGAAAAGGAAAAGCUUUUUCAUUUCCCAAAGCUCGAGGUGAUGAAAGAAGGGCUUCUGCAGAUUAAGGAUGUGGUAGUAGAUAAGAAUAUCGGAUACAGGGAGACUCGACAUCAAGAGAGUUUGGUUCAGAAGAAGCUAACAAAGAUAUUGGGUCACUCAUCGCGAUGCUUGUUCACGCUUCUAAUGUUCUAUCUCUACGGAAGCGUUGUAGAUGUUGAAGUGGAUAUAUGUGGGGGGAUAUAUGAGAAUGGUGGGAAGGAUAGGUUUUGCUUGUGCAUGGGGAAAUUUUUGACGUCGUGUGAAGAGAAAACGGUUCAAAGUGGGGUGAAACAAUUGGAUAGGGCUCUAGGGCUAUUCAAGUAUGUGUGGGAAACUGCAGGUAUGAAAGGAGAUUUGGAGCUUCAAGGCCAUUUGUGGUGUGUUGGAGCAGAGGAGACAUCAGUUACGUACAGAGGAAAUAGGUUCUUCAUUCAUGGGAUCAGAUUUUGAGUUAAAGAGGUUAUCGGUGGUGAGUUCACCAGUUGUCGCAUGAAAGUCCAAAUCAAGGCAUGUUUGUUGAACUAUUUUUACUUGGUGUUUUUAGACUUCACACAGAACGCAGCAGUUGUUGUGUCUUUCCUCUCAUUUCUGCAAAUGUUGCAUCUAUGUACAUUGGACUUGGGUACAGAU